AUGCUCAGGAUUCCGGUGCAUCGCCGACGCAUCGCCGUCGCGACGCCGGAACUCUGUUUUCUUGCUUUCAACUUACUUUACGCUUCAUUUAGUGAUAGUUUUUGUGAUUUUAAUUUACCAAAAUAUACUUUGUUCUAUUACGAUUCUUCUGGCUUUUACAGAUCUUAAUUUGAUUAAUUAAAUCGUUUGUAAUCGCUUACGUAAGAAUCACCGGGCGGAACUCUGUUUCUGCCCGAUUCGCGUUCGCCGGGCGCUGACGUCAUCCUGACGUCCGCACCCUUAUUUCCUUUUUUUUCGUGAAUUUUAAAUAUAUUUCCUUCUUAUUUCCUAGUAUAAAAUUCAUAGAAAAUCGUAUUCAUUGAGAAAAAAUCUGAAUAAUUACAAAAUAUUAUAUUACAUCCCUGUGAUCGACCUGAGAAAUUACCGCUAUUUUUGGAAUUUUUAUUGAAUUAUAAUUGAUAUAUUUAUUUAGAAAUACUUCUAAAUAUCUGAAAAUUUGUAUUUUCUAGUUUUAUAAAUUUUAUAUUUGCGUGAUUUAAUAUACAACGACUGAGUCACGUCAAUCAUCACCCUAAAGGGGUGGGAUCCAAACCUUAAUCCCACAUCGGAACUAAAGGGAGGACCCACCAAGGGACCUUAUUUAAAGAAAGACCUCCGACCCCAUGUAAGAUCAUCUUGGAGAAAUCUAGAUCCUCUCUGUUUGGAGAAAUUGAGCUCUUAGUGUACUAGAUCAUUGAACUUAACAAGGAUCUCGUGCAAAACGAGAUGCUAUGCUAAUUGAGAACUUCAUCUAGGAUCUACAGAGGUAUGUCAACUCUAACACUACCUCAAAAGAAGAGAAAGUGUUUGUGGGCAGCCUAUUCCUCACCGAGCAUGCAAAGACUUGGUGGAGGCUCUGAAUGGAAGACUACUCAAGACCACCAAUGACUGACUGUGAGGAAUUUAUGCGUAAACUUUGGGACCAGUUUCGUUUGGCGAACUCAAGCCAAACUACCUAAAUCGUGAUGAGACAACUAACUCAACCACACCGGGUCCAUCUAAGAAUAUGUGGAGAAAUUUUCUAUGCUAGUGUUGGAAGUACCUCGGAUGGACGAGGAAGAUAAGCUUCAUUAUUUCAUGGAAGGACUCCAAAUAUGGGCUCAAAAUGAAAUCCAAAGACAAGGGUUCCAUGACAUUUGA